GUGGCGCCGAUCUGGAAGUUUGUUUGGUUGAUUCAUCGGACAAAAAUUUCAAUUGCACAGCAAUGCUUGGCUCGCAGUCAAUGCCUGGAAAAGUAUUACUUCCGGUACCAGAAGUAGCAAAACCGUUUCGGAUUGCUAUCAUACCAAACAUUGCCACCGGAAUAAUUGCAAUCGACGACAUCAGUUACACGACUGUUCCAUGUCAACAGUCCAGUUCUCCGACCGCAGGAUACAGCGAGAACAUAGAAGUAGAAUCUCUUUUCUCUCCAAUGACGACGCAGGAGUGGAUAAUGACGAGCACACCAACCUCAGGAUUCAGUACGUUCACACUUACUGAAUCCAACUCGGUAGUUCAUACGACGGAGCUGCCAUUCGACCUAUUAAUUCUUGGAAAUAAGACGACACCACUUUUCGAUCGGCGCUCUGGUCGAAUUAUUACAAACACAUCGCUGCUUCUUUGCGAUUUCACAGAUGAUUUUUCUUGCCAAUGGGGUCCUGAAAGUGGCAGAUGGGGUGUCAUCCAGGAAGGUGCAAUACCCUCAUUUACUUUGCCGGAUGGUUAUCCUGCUCCAACAUAUCCGGCCGCUAUUGUGAUACAAGGAACGGCAAUGCUGACAAGUGAUCCCCUGAAAUGUCAGACCAGUCAAGGAAAGCUUAUGUUACGCCACUGGGCAAAUGGCUUGUCACAGGCGAUGCAGGUGUGUGCAAUUGGUUAUGGAAUUGGAAGCAAUAAGGUUGAAUGCGUAACUGCGAGCCAGGAUCGUGAAACUGCAGAAGACAAAACGCUGUUAAUAUUCCACUUUUCACGGCCAAUUUUGGAACCAUUUACGCUGAACAUAAUUCCACAGUGGGAUCAGUCAGCAAGAAAUCAGUAUCUGAUCAUCGACGAGAUUGCGUAUGUCGGAAGUUGUGAUGCGAACAAGCUCGCUGAGAAACUGAAAGAGCAGUCGAUUGUUGCGCGAGCUAGCAGUAACCCCCAAGCCAGACCAAAAACUUAUGAAAAUUCUGUUUGGACAGUAGAUCAUCAGCAAGAAAUUGCAUCGCCAAUAAAUCGACCUGUGACGAGUGCUGUUUCAACACAUUUUCCGGAAUGGAUAACGCUGCUAGCUACAACAACUCCCGGUGAUUUCCUUGUUAAUAACCACGGCAGCAGAACAGACUAUUGCGCGUUGCUCAGUUGUGAUUUCAAAGGUUUGUUUCCACUUUGUUAUCCACUUAAAGCAGCAAAGGAGAAUGCACCGAGAUGUGGCCAUCCCUGUCUUCCCAUCUCCUCCUUUUUUGCCUAUCCUUUUCGAACCUUCCACAAACAAACGAGAAAAUUCUUUUUUAUGUUCGAAAACUGGUAA